UAUCAGUCCGCCAUCUCACCAUUCACCGGUCGAGUUUCAUCAUCUCCGAGCACUAGCGUCUGACAUCCUGGACCUCUUAUUCUUCCAGAUACUCACUUGAUUCAAUUUGAGUCGUGAAACUGGUGGUUCAGGCUUGUGCGACAUGCAGCAGAAUCAUCAGUGCCACUUUGCAAGAUCUCUCGCCUUCAGCAUCUCCGACACUUUCUACAUUAAGGAAAGUGAUAACCAAAGCCAGAAUUCUCUCGUUGUGGUUCUCAAAAAAACCCGAAAUGGCUUCACUUCAAACCAGGCUUGCGAUCUGGCUUUGGGGCCCUGACCCCAAAGAUCGAGCACUGCUGGCCAAACUCGACGUGACCCUGCUCCCUUACUUCUCUCUCAUUUGGUUUCUCUUCGGCAUCACCCGAGCCAGCUAUUCCUCCGCCUAUAUCAGUGGCAUGAAGGAGGCGCUGGGAUUUGAGGGGAAAGAGUAUAACUACAUGAACACGGCGUAUCUGGUCGUCUACGCGGUCUUUCAAAUGCCAGGGACCAGUUUGCUCACUGUGGCGCGGCCCAAAUACGUCUUUGUCGCUGCCAAUCUUACCUGGAGUAUCUUGACCUUGAUCACAUACAAGAUGACCCGUGCCUGGCAGGUGAUUCUAUUGAACGCGAUUGAGGGAGGAUUCUCAGCCAUUGCAUAUGUUGGUGCCCAGUUCAUUCUCGGCUCGUGGUACAAAAAGUCGGAGCUCGGCAUCCGCGCGGCUGUAUUCUGCGUUCUUGGCCAGCUGGGGACCAUGUCCGGUAGCUGGAUUCAGGCAGGACUGCUGGCGACGUUGGCGGGAAAGGGUGGUCUUCCUGCGUGGAAAUGGAUCUUUAUCAUUGUCUCGGUGAUGACGGUCCCAGUUGCGCUGUUUGGUUGGGUCUUUAUUCCGGAUCUUCCAGCACACCGCGCAGCAUGGUAUUUGACCGAGGAGCAAAAGGAACACGCCGCGACUCGACUGGGCACCGUGUCCAAAAAGACUUGGGAUCGGACAGUAUUCAAGCGAGUCUUGCUCAGCUGGCAAUUCUGGCUCUUGCCAUUCAUCUUCAUGCUCUACUCUCUCAGUGUACAAAUGCUGCAAAACAAUGUUAUGGCUUACUGGCUAGCCUCUCGGGGAUACACAACGAUCCAACAAAACAACUACCCGACCGUCAUCCAUGCAACCGCCAUUCUCGGCACCGUCGUGUACGCAGCCAUCUCUGACAAACUGCAAUCGCGCUGGGAGGUAUCCAUCGCCAUCGGACUAACAUUCGUUAUCGGCUCCGCAAUUCUCGUGUCCACUCCAUCCACCGAUGCAGGCUACUUUUUCGCCUUUUACCUCCUCGGCACCACCUUCGCCCCCCAGGCCGUGUGGUACUCGUGGAUGGCCGACGUCACGGCCCAUGACUUCCAGCUGCGGGCUAUCACCACCGGGUUCAUGAACUCUUUUGACUUUGCCUUUGUCACCUGGUGGCCUUUGAUCUUCUACCCUGCCACGGAUGCCCCGAAUUUUAGAAAGGGGUAUAUUGCCAGCUUGGUCACCGGGGCGCUGACACUCCCGUUUAUAGGACUUAUCGCCUACCUAGAGAAGAGGGACACAGCACGGGGAAUCAUCGGGAGAACGCCAACUACUGGCCUCCUCACCGAGGAACAAGAUACUCCACGAGAGGACGAGCAGGGAAAGCCAGUGGAUACACCUGUAAAUGUGCACUCGACUGAGGUGGGCGUAUAG